GUAGUGUGAGAUUCUCGAUCUCUACGUAUAUCGUGUUCUAUAGCAUUACACGUGCUAAAAGCAUUGGAUUUUGCUAAAAGAUAAAGAUGGUAGCUCAGAAGAAGCAGAAAAAGUCCCAGGAGGGUAUUAACUCCAGAUUGGCUCUAGUUAUGAAAUCAGGCAAAUAUGUCUUGGGUUAUAAGCAGACAUUGAAGUCUCUUCGGCAAGGAAAAGCAAAAUUAGUCAUCAUUGCUAAUAAUGCUGGUCCUUUAAGGAAAUCGGAGAUAGAAUAUUAUGCUAUGUUGGCAAAGACUGGUGUGCAUCAUUAUGUUGGAAAUAAUAUAGAAUUGGGCACUGCAUGUGGAAAAUAUUUCCGUGUAUGUACCCUUUCUAUUACAGACCCUGGAAAUUCUGAUAUUAUAAAAUCUAUGCCCACUGGUGAAUAAUCAUAAAUAUAUUUUUUAUUUAAUAAAAUUUUAAGAACAA